CAAGGCCCUGGACACUGUCCCAGACACCCUGCCCAGCCCUGCAGGAGGGACAGUUCAGGUGGCACUUGCUGGAGACGUGUGCCAGAGGUUUCCCUAUUACUGUACACACUCCCUCUUCUCUGCUCUUCUCCUCUUCAGCUUCACCCAGGAUGACAGCAUUACCCCCACAAGCAGAUUUCCCCCGGGGUCAUCCAACUGACAGAGGGAAAGCCGCCGUGCCUGUUGUCAUUUGCAUUAUCCUGGGGGCUCUUCUCUGCCUGCUCCUGGCCCUCCUGGCUGGGCAAACUGUCAAGGCACAGCGCAGAGGCUCCAGGAGAACUGAGGAGCCCUUCCCUGAGGUUGUGUAUGAGGAGAUCGGAUACAGCUCUGCAUGGGAGAAGCAGACAACGUUUGAUCACUCAGACAUUGCUAUUGUGCCCAGAGAUGAUCCAGAAGAAGGCUAUGAUGAUGCCAAGGAGGUUUCUGAACCUGGGAAUGAUCCUGACUCUGGGCAGGGUCACUCUGAAGUGCCCAGGACACAAAAGGAGGAAGAGGAGCCAAUGGAUGCAGUCAGAGGGAUGAGUCUGCACUCCCAGAGAAAUACUGGAGGCUCUGGAGCAGGUGGAGAUACCUUGUCCUUGUUCCUGAGGAGCACGGGCUAUGAUGAUGUUGAAGAGGUGUCUCUGGCACAUCCCCAUGGGGAUAUGAGCACUGUGAAACUAGAGUGGGACACAAAAGGAUCCCUGAGCCCCGAGCAAGGAGAACCCAUCUCUGCCAUGAGCCCGAGUGCAGUUGCAAGGGAAGAGAAGCUGGUGCUGCUUAGAGAGCUGUGAGGUCCCCUUUCCCAUGGGCAGCAGUAGUGUGGCAUUUCCUCUUGUGUUAGUACCCUGCUUUUACAUCGCGUCUGUAUUUGUUCUUAUUAAAACCCUUUGGAAGUUUUGAUCCAGA